GGAUCGGGCUUCGGAGUUUGAAUAAAUAUACCAAGGCCUAUGAACGGUGAGUGUGGCUUGAGUAUAGGGUAUAAGAUGUAUCGGUCGCCUUCUCUGGGGUUUGAUGCUCUUGUUUCCAUAGACUCGAUAUUAGUUUAUCUAUCACAAUCAUCACAUCUGCUAUGCUCCUAUCAACAGGAUGGCUGGCGUCAGCCAGCUCGGUGAUGUUAGUAGCACUCGCCUGCGUCCAGUCUACCAGUGCCCGCCCACAAAAUGGAACUGAAUAUCCCACCAACUUUGACAGCCAUGAUUUAGACCGUCGGGCCGGCAGUUUUUACCUACGUAUCUUGCCACUCGGGGCUUCUAUCACUUUUGGUGUCGAUGCUACCAACCCAAACACUGGUAACGGGUAUCGCAAGUUCCUGCGUGAUCAGCUCCGAUAUGAUGGCUGGCAGGUCAAUAUGGUCGGUACUUUAAGUAGUGGUACAAUGCGAGAUAGGGAUAACGAAGGGUGGAGUGGAUUCAUCGUCGACCAGGUAAAAGUGCGAGCUGAGAAUGUCGUGCCAUUGCUGCUUCCCAACUUGGUUCUGAUCAAUGCUGGAACCAAUGACGCUACUCAAAACAUCAACAUCCCAGAUAUCGGUGAGAGGAUGAGAGGCCUGAUUACCUAUAUUUUUACCCAAGUUCCAACUACGGUUGUGGUCCUGUCAACUCUCAUUCCGAACAAGGAUCAGGCCGCCCAGGGAAACGUGGAUAAAAUCAACGUGAUCUACCGUGGCCUGGUGAAGGAGCUUCAAGCUGCCGGAUACCAUAUUGUUCUUGCUGAGAUGUCUGAGGGCUGGGUGACGGAGAGCGAUCUUUCGGAUAGCACCCAUCCAAAUGAAGGAGGCUACAAGAAGAUGGCAGCGUCCUGGCGGAACGCUAUUGGCGUCGUCGAGAAGAACGGAUGGCUGCAAGCUCCCAGCAGCUCCGUAGCAUUCGACGACUCUGUCGGCGGCACCAAUACCUGCGAAAAGGCCUAUGGCAGCGGCAAUCAGGACCCCCGCGGGAGGACCCAGGUGCUCAAAGCUCUAUCGCCGCGCAUCAUCGACGACGGGAAGUACACGCAUAGCUCGCAGUCAAUGGGAAAGAUCCACCAGGGUUUCUACGUGGAGCCGGACACUGUCUGGUUUGCGCAGCUUGUCAAUGCUUAUGGAGCUGAUCGAGGCGGGGAGCGUGACGAUUGGGUCUUCAGCCAGCCGGAUGGGAUCCACAUGCGUUUGAACCUGGGUGGAGGCACGUUUGGGGAUAAGAUCCUGAUUGAUACCAAGUCCACAUGUCCGCAGGAAGGUGUGAGAUGGGGCGACGUCAACAAUGACGGACUCGACGAUUUCAUCUGCAUCGGGCCCGAAGGAAAUAUGUAUGUGUCUCUUAACCGGGGUGGCAAUCCGCCGCAAUUUGAUUCUGUCGGCCUCUACAAAACCGCCCCUUCUGGAUACGCACUAACGAACGUUCGCCUUGGAGAUAUCGACGGCGAUGGGCGCCUUGAUUAUUGCGUUAUUGCCGGCAACGGAGACAUUUACUGCUGGCGAAACGGUGGUCAAGGAGACAUGGCAGCAUACUGGCAAGAUUUCGGUGAAGGUAAACCUGUCUUCACAGGCAAGGGAAUGGGUAAUAUUGAUGGAGUCCGCCUUGUUGACAUCAAUGGAGACUUUCGUUCAGAUUGGCUGUUUCUCGACGAUAACGGGAAAGUCACAACAUAUAUAAACCAACGAAACGGCGAUAAGGGCUUGAUCCCGUACUGGGACUCAGUUGGUGUUACACACGCUGGUAUGGGUGAACCGUCUCGCUCACAAAUAAGAUUCGCGAGAAUUUACGGCAGCGGCAGACCAGACUAUGUCUACAUCAAGUGCAUCACCUACGCGGACAAAAGGUGCGAUUACGAGGUGAGAGCAUGGCAAAACACAGGAAGCGGUGGGAAAUAUCAAAAAGGUGAUGGUGCACACUGGUGCGACAUGAAAGGCGGUGGGAACGACGAUUACGUUUUUAUCGAUCAUUUGGGCAGGAUAACCAUAUUUAAAAAUUCUAACUCCCCUCCGAAUACAGACUAUUCAGGCUGGAACGAUGAGGGCAUUGUGCUCGAGACAGGACUUGAUCGAAAAGCUCUACAUCUCGCCGACUGGAACGGAGAUGGUAAAUGUGAUGUUAUCGCUGUGACCAAGGCCACCGGAGCCAUCGACGUAUGGUACACAUCCUACAAUUGGCAGACAGACACCUUCAGCUUCAGCGCCAAGACUAACGUAGUCGCGUCUGGCUGCACUCAGGGUUGGGGGGUCGGCCCUUUUGACCUCGGCAUGAGGUUCCCGGAUAUCGAUGGUGAUGGCAGGGCUGAUUAUAUGUGCCUAGAAAAAGAUGGCAGAACGACUGGAUGGUUGAAUAAGGCCACCGGCCUUCAAUGGAUGGAUCAGAUCAAGUUUAGUGUCGGCAAGGAUCGUGCCAACCAUCGCUGGGCUGAUGUUAACGGUGACGGAAAGGAUGACUUCCUCUGGAUCGACAAGUUCAACGGCGACACCAGCGUCUGGUACAACAUGGGCGCGAAGCAGAUUUCAGGCAGCUCGUUCUGGUGGGAUCCACGAGGCACAGCAUACCAGGGCUCUUCGUCCGGCGCGAACCUUCACUUUCCUAAUCUCGGCGGUGUAGGGCGGGCGGACAUGACAGAGGUCAACCCCAAGACCGCCCUUGGCUAUACCUGGUUCAACAGUUGUCCACCAGGAGGCGAUGAUGGUGCUAUCGUUAACCCGGGUCUGCCGCUGGCCCAGGCACCGGGAGGAAGUGGGGAGGUGGCGACGACAACAACAGUGGCGCCAGCGACGCCGACGCCAACGCCAACAGAGCCGACACGGCCAUACACAAGUGAGGUCCAGUGCGUCGACGACGGGGUAACCAAUCGGUGGCCAGGAUAUUUGGUUUGCCAUGACUCAGGUGGCUGGCAAAUGAGCUGUGAUGAGUGUCUUGGCCGAAACGGUUACGAAGCAGCGACGACAGUGAACGGAUAUCUAUGUCAUAUGUUUGUCGAGAACGGGGAAAUGACACUCACAGCUUGUCCGGGCGACCCCGCACCUGACACCCUUCCUGAUGGCUCACCAGGCCCUAUCGAGGACGGAAUCGUCGAGGCUUUUUGUCAAUCUGUUGGGAAGAUGCCGGGGGGGGUUCCUGUUGAGCUUGCUACUUGGGGCGCAUGUUUUAUGUACGCUUAUUUGAAAGCUAAUAAUGCAUUAGAACAAAAUACAGCAGGACUUAUUUCUGUAUGCGACGUUUUAUUUGUCGGUCUUUGUACCUAUAUAGGUAGUGACAUCGGUGAUAUUGGUGGUGGUGGUAGCGGUUAAUGAGUGUCUGUAGCAGCGGUAUGCAGGCGGGCGAGGAGGCGGAAACUUAGAAUACUAAAUGAGAAUACCAG